CUUAACUUGUAUAGUAUGAACUGUAUUAUGGAGGCUCGUGUGGUGUUGGAUUUUGCUGGUGCACAGUAAACAUGAACAGUAAAAGAUAUGAAAAUUUUACUGAAUGCUUAAGCCAUGUUACAUGGAAGUCCAUUCGCACUUCGCCCACGAAUACGUUUUUUGCCUUCGUUAAAAAUUAUGCCUUGAGGAAAUUUUAUUUUAUUCGACUGGGUACUGGCCCAUAUUAUAACAUUCCAAAACAAACACCUGCGAGCUUACAUUGUAGAAUGGUAAGAGAAACAAAGGUCUUCCCGUUCGCGAGCAAUGGGGCAUCGAAUCAGAAACUUUUUCCACCGUAACCGAAUAGCUCCGGAGCAUCAAGGAACGUCAGCUGAUGAAAAGGGCAGAGCCUGCACCGGUGAAUCCGUAGAAUGUCAGGAGGAGCCAGGUGUGCCAUUUCGCCACUCCAGUCUUCAUAUUUUAUACGUCGCGGAUGAGCAGAUCAGCAAAUUUUCUGCGACGAUUUUCAAUUUAUUUUUGAAGUACUUUAAAACUUCGUGGCUCUUUAAUCAUGUACGCUGGACAAAUCUUGCGGUUCCACCAGUGCUUCCGCGUAAAAAGCCGUUAAUGGAACUUCCAACGGCUGUGCUUUUAAUCAUCAACAAUAUCGGCGAUCUCGAUAACAAGAGACUGUUGGUUAUGCGGAAGCUGCUUUUGCAGAUUCAUUCAAAGUGCCCGUUUCUGAUCUUGCUUAAUCUGCCACGGGUUCAGCGACUGCUUCCACAGCGGCUUUUUAAAGGUCAGCGGUUGCAGAUUGAACAGAUGCACAAGGAAUUUUUCAUGGAUUUCCUUCCGGCGAACGUUAAGGAUUUAUUGAAUGUCCGGGUAUGGGCAUGCCCUAAAUGCACUGGAAAAAAAGUGGUAAAAAAGUGCAUCGAGUGGUUGAAAAUGUACAACCAUCCGCUGGCCCCACUGCCACCCCUUCCAUUCGGACCCGCACCCGCAAAACCAGUCCGGUCUGUUACCAUUCCGAGAGCUGUGCCAAAAAGGCGGGCUCAAGAGUUCGAAGAUCUUCCUCAGUAUUCCCCUGUCAAACGCAUUAUGAGACUGACGCAAUCAUUAAGCGAUACAAAACUCACCGCGAUGCUUGCAAAGAAUCCCCAGCACCGUCCCGAGGAACCGCGAUACGAUGCCGAAUACGAGGAUUUCCGAUCCCGCCGGGAAAUGCGCCGGUUUGUUCGGCGAUUGCGGGAGGCCCUGCGACUGCGACAGCUGGAUGCUGCACGUUCGCCCACGGAUGUCGCCGAUUCCGCGUACCAUAUUGAGAUAACGUCGGUAUCCGGCCUGACGUCCGUUACCAAUGUGGACGCCAGAAGCGAAGACUACGACGGGGACGAGGAAGACACAGACGAGGAAACCAGUGGUCUAACGGGUUACACCAUCAUUAACGGACACGUCAGUGCGAUCGGUCAGCCACCCAGCGAAGUGGAACCAGUUGUACUUAGGAUGGGAGCGGAACCGACAAACAUGGUAGCAGCAGCGGUGCACGCAGAACGGAUAAGGCCACCGCUGCCCGUUGACAGUUUUGAGACGAUGUUCCACAGUCCUACCUUUAUGGCGCGUCCGGCGCAACACAACGACGACACUGUACGCUUAAUUAGUGCUCGGACGACUACGGAUGAUAACUGAUCUGUUUUCUGGACGUGUAGCAGGUCUCUUACUACAUAUGGCGCUGUUCUUGUAUUAUUAUUUAAAAGAUUAAAAUGUAAGAAUACUGUAAUUCAAACACAACAAUACAUUCUGAUUUACGGGAAUGCUUCGUAUCUGGCUUACGUCAGAUUUUGGCUGGACUUAGAUAAACUGAAG